AAAUUUCUUCCCGAACUGGCCGUUUCGUCCCCAAAUCUUUGUGCUGCCUCUUUCUCGAGCGAUUAAUUCGGCGAACACCUCGUCGCUGCCGGCAUCAGUCACGGUCACGAUGCUCUCUGCGAAAAGCUAUACUACUCCUCUCCGCUUCUCGCUUCCGUUUAAAUCCCUUCAGGGACAUAGCCCUAAACCCGGCUUGCUCCCAGCGAGGCCAACCCACAUGAGCUCCAUCGUCGCCGCUGCAGCCGCCGAACCCGCCGCCGUCGUGCCUGUUGCACCUUCGCCGCCCGUCAAGACACCGUCUCAGACCCGUGUCGACAUCCUUUCGGAGUCUCUUCCCUUCAUUCAGAAGUUCCGUGGCAAGACGAUCGUGGUCAAGUACGGUGGCGCCGCUAUGAAAUCCGCCGAUCUUCAAUCGUCCGUUAUCAACGAUCUCGUCCUUCUCUCUUGCGUCGGUCUCCGUCCAGUCCUGGUCCAUGGAGGCGGCCCGGAGAUUAACUCCUGGCUCCUUCGCCUCGGCCACCAGCCGCAGUUCCACAAUGGUCUCCGCGUCACCGACGCGCUCACCAUGGAGGUUGUCGAGAUGGUUCUGGUCGGAAAGGUAAACAAGUCCCUAGUUUCCCUCAUUAACAGCGCAGGCGCCACGGCCGUAGGCCUUUGCGGUAAGGACGCACGCCUCCUCACCGCGCGACCUUCUGCGGACGCUGCCGCCCUAGGGUUUGUAGGGGAUGUUUCGCGCGUAGAUCCUUCAAUCCUCCUUCCCAUUCUCGCAGACGGUCAUAUUCCCGUCAUCGCGUCAGUGGCUGCCGACGAUCGUGGGCAGAGCUACAAUGUGAACGCUGAUACUGCUGCAGGGGAGAUUGCCGCAGCCGUGGGGGCUGAGAAGUUGAUAUUGCUGACGGAUGUGGCUGGAAUUUUGGAGGACCGAAAUGAUCCAGGCAGCCUUGUGAAGGAGAUAAACAUUAGUGGUAUCAGAAAAAUGGUGGCUGAGGGGAAGGUAGCUGGUGGAAUGAUCCCCAAGGUGAAUUGCUGUGUGAGAUCGCUGGCCCAGGGAGUGCACACUGCUAGUAUCAUCGAUGGCCGGGUGCCACACUCCCUUCUUCUUGAGAUUAUGACCGACGAGGGGGCUGGGACAAUGAUCACUGGAUGAGUCUCGUGGGCAAUGUGAUAUGAGUAUUGGCAUUGUACUGGUCUGCUGCUAGCAAAGGUAACAGUCUCUGCACCUUCUUAGUGUUUCAAAAUAAGUUAUGCCAUUUUCUUUUUGAUCUAUAAACAAUUGGGUUCAAGAAGUUAUUUAACUGGUCUUUUUUUUUUAAUUUCUUUGUCAAUUUUUUCUGUUAGUUAUCUCAAGUCACCUGCAAUUUAGGUUGUAUCUUGUGUUCUUGCAAGACAUACAUUUAGUAUGCAUGAAUACCAUGUGGCUAUUUGAUGUAUCAAUUUUCCCUUUAGAAUAAUUGUUAGAAAGUUAUUA